UGGACGCUGCAGGAGGACAACGUCCUGAGGAAACUCGUCGGCGAGCACGGCCACCGGAAAUGGAGCUUCAUCGCGUCGAAGAUGAACGGCCGCCGCGGGAAGCAGUGCCGCGACAGGUGGCUGAACCACCUCAAGCCGGACAUUCGCCGCGGCGAGUGGACCGCGGAGGAGGAGCGCAUCUUAGUCGAAGGUCACCGAAUGUUGGGCACGCGCUGGGCCGCGCUCGCGAAACUUCUCCCGGGGAGGCCAGAGAACGCGAUCAAGAACCACUGGCACGCGACGCUCCGGUGCAAG